ACCCCACGUCCGUCUCCCCACUCACCCAUCUUAAAUAUCCCCUUCAUUUCUUUCCUUCCCAAGUUUCAAACCAUAUACAAUUCUACAACAAUCCUCCGCUUCCAACGUCAACCGCCUCAUAAUUCCAAAACCCCCUAAAAACCCGUCCUCAAAAUCAAACCAGAAAGGAAAAUCAAUUAAUCUUUCACUCUCUGGUUACUCAUGCGGAUGAGUUGCAACGGUUGUCGAGUCCUUCGGAAAGGGUGCACCGAGAGUUGCAGUAUAAGACCUUGCCUCCAAUGGAUCGCCACCGCCCAAUCCCAAGCCAAUGCCACCCUUUUCCUUGCUAAAUUCUACGGCCGUGCUGGCCUUAUUAACCUCAUUAACGCUGGCCCCGAAAAUCUCCGUCCUGGGAUUUUUAAAUCAUUGCUUUACGAAGCAUGCGGCCGGAUAGUGAACCCGGUUCACGGUUCGGUCGGGUUGAUGUGGUCCGGGAGCUGGCAUCUCUGCGAAGCAGCCGUAGACGCUGUUCUUAGGGGCUCACCGAUUAAUAAAGUCUCGUCUGAGUUGUCGGACUCGAGCCCACAUCUCAAAUCCUCUUGCGACAUUCGGCACGUGUCAAAAGAGAAGAACUCCGAUGAUGGGCUUCGCAAGAUCAAGUCUCGGGGACGGUUCAAGCGGUCGGCUUGGAAACCGAAGGCGCAGGUGGAGAAGGAGGUUUGUCAUGAGUCGGUGAGCCAUGAAUCGGGCUUGAGUCAGAGGCGUAGUCCGGGAGGGGAUGGUGCGGAAGGUGACACCGUGUCGGUGGAGACCGUGGAGGCUUCGUUGGCAAAGGCUGAUGAGUUGGCCGACGGGAGUGAUUUGGAGUUGGACCUGACUUUAGGGUUCGAGCCGAGCCCAAGGAAGAGAGCGAACAGUAUCAACGGCUGUGAUGAUGCCACGCGCGGAGUGCAACUGGAUCUUGGGCAAGGUUCAUGUUAGGUUAAUUGUAGGACAGCGUUUGAGUUUUUCUUUCCUUUUUUGGUAUAGCUUAAAAGAGAUGAGAAAACUUGGUCCCAAUUUUAAUGUUUCAUUUCUUGGUAAAUAGUGGCUUUUCCAAAGUGCUAAAGAGAAAGAACAUUGUACACAAAUUAAGGUUAUAAGGGGUUCCAUUCCCUUUUUUUUUCAAAGUAAAUUAUUACAAUAUUUUUAAGAUAUCAAUGAACAGUGCAUCCGUUUUGAAAU